UGUUCUCUGGGUUCUCUGAGCUCCCUGAGUUCUCAGGGGCUGGCUGUAGGGCUGGGUUACACCUCUCUCAAUCCUCCCCUCAGGUCCCUGCACACUGUGUUUUUCUUCCCUGUCCUGGGCAGCGCACACACUCACAUACACACACCUUUCUUUUUCCCUGGAUCCACCAUCCUGGGCUGAGAAGCCAGGAGAGAGGGUGGCAAGGUUUGGAGAAACCGUUGGGACGAUAGUGAAUCUUCACCAUGGCUAGAUUCUUCAUGAUCUUCAGAAGCUUGGUCCUGUUGCAGGCGCUCUGCUUGGCCUUAUCGCAAGUGACCGGUCCACCUGGACCCCAGGGCCCUCCUGGUCUCCCUGGUCCCGCUGGAACGCCCGGUGCCGACGGCAUUGAUGGUGAGAAGGGUCCUCCUGGACCUCCCGGACCACUAGGUCAAAAGGGAGAGGCAGGGGAACCUGGUCCUGAUGGAUCUCCAGGGGAGGAUGGCAUUGAUGGUUUGAUUGGUGCUAAGGGUGAGAGGGGUCCUCGUGGUAAUCCUGGACCAAAGGGUCAGCCAGGGCCGGGUGGACCACCAGGGCGACCUGGACCUGGACUGCCUGGACUUCCUGGAGCACCAGGCCCCAUUGGACUUCCUGGACAAAUUGGGUCUACUGGGCAAAAGGGUGUCUUGGGAAGUCCUGGACCUCCAGGAUUACCCGGACCUUCAGGCAAGCCUGGUCCGCCAGGAAAGUUUUUGGGUUUAGAGGAAGGCAGCGCUGACUUCCAGUGUCCAACCAACUGUCCACCUGGGCCGAAGGGUCCUCAGGGCCUACAGGGAGUGAAGGGACAUAAAGGUCGAGUUGGCGUACUCGGAGAUCCAGGAAGCAUUGGAAAAUUGGGUACAAAGGGUGAUUUCGGCAUCUCUGGUGAACAGGGAAUACCAGGCCCUCCAGGCCCUCAGGGUCUGAGAGGAUAUCCGGGAAUGGUGGGGCCCAAAGGCGAGACGGGACCACGUGGUUACAAAGGCAUUUCAGGACCAAUCGGCAUCCCUGGACGCCCGGGUGAAGAAGGACCCCAAGGACCACCUGGAGAGCCUGGUGACAAAGGUGACUUUGGAGAACGUGGCAUACGAGGGCCUCAGGGAGUGGUCGGAAAGAAGGGAGAGAAUGGUCUUCCAGGAAUUGAUGGAAAAGAUGGUACUCCUGGCAUCCCAGGAAUAAAGGGUGCUUCAGGACAAAAUGGAAGACCUGGAGCUCCUGGUCACCAGGGAGAUGCUGGUUUGCCUGGAAUGCCUGGAGCCAAGGGUGAAUUGGGAAUUAAGGGUGAGACGGGACCUCGCGGUUUGAUGGGAACGCAAGGCCCUCCAGGACCUCAAGGAGAGCCUGGUCCUCCAGGUGAAGCUGGCAUGGAGGGAGUCCCAGGGCCAAAGGGUGACAGGGGUGAAAGAGGACCAGUUGGGCCUUCUGGUAUUAUUGGCCUGCCUGGAAGUAAGGGAGAGAGGGGGCCCAUGGGCGUCCCAGGUGGUCAGGGUUUAACUGGAACUAAGGGUGACAAGGGAUUUCAAGGCAAAGUGGGAUCAAAGGGAGACGUUGGUAAUCCUGGUGUAGAGGGAUUGGCUGGGGAGAAAGGAGAGAAGGGACAAUCUGGGGAGCCUGGCCCUAAGGGACAGCAAGGUGUGACUGGUGAUCCAGGGCACAACGGUCCCACCGGAGAUCCCGGGAAACCAGGAGACCAGGGUCCCGCAGGCUUACCUGGUCCACGUGGCCUGUCUGGAGAAAGAGGAGUUCCAGGGAUGCCAGGAAUACAAGGAACAACUGGUCGUGAUGCUACGGAUCAACACAUUAUUGACGUGGUCCUAAAGAUGCUUCAAGAAAAGUUAGCGUUGGUAGCAGUGAGCGCUAAGAGAGCGGUACUUGGCGGAGCAGGCGUGAUGGGACCUCCAGGUCCUCCAGGACCACCAGGAUCUCCAGGACCUCAGGGUCCUCAUGGACGGACAGGCGGCCGUGGCAUUCCUGGCAUGAUCGGGGGCCCAGGCCAAAUAGGAAACACUGGUCUUAAAGGGAAGAGGGGUGCAAAGGGAGAAAGAGGAGAUCUUGGACGCCCACACUCUGGCCAACCGGGACCACCUGGACUGCCAGGUCCUCCGGGUCUUGACGGCGUGGCACGCGAUGGUAGGCCAGGCGAGCGAGGACCACAGGGUGCAGCGGGUGAGGCGGGCCACCCUGGAAAAGCUGGUCCUUCUGGUCUUCCUGGAUUUUGUGAAGCAGCUGCAUGUUUGGCAGCAUCAGCCUACACUUCUCCCAGACUACAAGAGGCAGGAACAGUGAAGGGCCCAUCCACUUAAUUCAAGCCCUCUACUGGGACAUAAGAACAUCUGGGAGAGAGA